AUGAGGGGAACCUUGAGCCUAGAACCUCUUAGACUCGUGGACCUAGGGGACCAGGACCCCCACAGCCCAGAGACCCCCACUGUCAACAGACCCCCACAGUCCAGAGACCCCACUGUCAACAGACCCCCACAGUCCAGAGACCCCACUGUCAACAGACCCCCACAGUCCAGAGACCCCACUGUCAACAGACCCCACAGUCCAGAGACCCCACUGUCAACAGACCCCCACAGUCCAGAGACCCCCAUUGUCAACAGACCCCCACAGUCCAGAGACCCCACUGUCAACAGACCCCCACAGUCCAGAGACCCCCCACUGUCAACAGACCCCCACAGUCCAGAGACCCCCACUGUCAACAGACCCCCACAGUCCAGAGACCCCCACUGUCAACAGACCCCCCACAGUCCAGAGACCUCCACUGUCAACAGACCCCCACAGUCCAGAGACCCCCACUGUCAACAGACCCCCACAGUCCAGAGACCCCCACAGUCCAGAGACCCCUACAGUCCAGAGACCCCCACAGUCCAGAGACCCCCACUGUCAACAGACCCCCACUGUCAACAGACCCCCACUGUCAACAGACCCCCACUGUCAACAGACCCCCACAGUCCAGAGACCCCACUGUCAACAGACCCCCACAGUCCAGAGACCCCACUGUCAACAGACCCCCACAGUCCAGAGACCCCCACUGUCAACAGACCCCCACAGUCCAGAGACCCCCACUGUCAACAGACCCCCACAGUCCAGAGACCCCCACUGUCAACAGACCCCCACAGUCCAGAGACCCCCACUGUCAACAGACCCCCACAGUCCAGAGACCCCCACAGUCCAGAGACCCCCACUGUCAACAGACCCCCACUGUCAACAGACCCCCACAGUCCAGAGACCCCCACUGUCAACAGACCCCCACAGUCCAGAGACCCCACUGUCAACAGACCCCCACCCCCACAGUCCAGAGACCCCACUGUCAACAGACCCCCACAGUCCAGAGACCCCCACUGUCAACAGACCCCCACAGUCCAGAGACCCCCACUGUCAACAGACCCCCACAGUCCAGAGACCCCCACUGUCAACAGACCCCCACAGUCCAGAGACCCCCACAGUCCAGAGACCCCUACAGUCCAGAGACCCCCACUGUCAACAGACCCCACAGUCCAGAGACCCCCACUGUCAACAGACACCCACAGUCCAGAGACCCUCACUGUCAACAGACACCCACAGUGA